AUGGAGACACAGGAUAGUGAAAGCCUCCAUGAAGGAGCUGUGAACAAUAAUAGUUCCAGUUCAGAACUUAAGUUGCAGACAGAGAAUUUCGAAAAGGUUUUGAAGUCUAUGUCGAAAGAUAUACAGUAUAGUAUGCUUACUGAUGACGGUUACGACCACAUCUUUGACCUGUAUAAAAAAUGGUUAGAAGUUUUGGAGAGCUACCAAGUAACCCAUCACCAGUACAUACAGAUAAUAGAAGAGGCAGAUAGACAAUCUUACCUCUACGAUCAUAUUGAUUUUCAAAGGGAAAUUGAUAGUUUCCGAAGAUACUCAGAAGAGUGGUUUAAGUUAAACAAACCUACACCGCCUGAUGUUAAACCCUCUGACAGUGUGUCUCAACUCAGCAGAAGUGAUUCGUCCUCUGUUUCCUCCAAUUCAGAUUGGGUAAGAGAAGAACAAAAGAGGAUAGAACUUGUUGAGAAAAGAAAGGUUUUAGAGCAGAAACAGAAGCUUAGAGAAACUGCAAAUUGA